AUGUCGAAAGAAGACGGAGCAGAGUCUCGCAUCAAAUCACGGACGUCUUCAACAGAGCCUGAGGACAACAGCAAUGCGGGCGAGCCUGGAAGCGGCUCGAGGAAGAACUCGAAAGUCACCAAACCCAGGCUAACCGAGGAUCAGAGAAACUUCAACCACAAAGAUGCUGAGAACAAGCGUCGCACAGCCAUCAGAGAACGAUUCAUCGAGCUCUCUCGCAUGGUGCCAGGUACACUGGGCCAGGAAAAGAGUGAGCAAGUCAUGUUGAGCAAGACGGCCGACUACUUGAGGGAAAUGAUGGAAGAGCAGCGAAACCUUGAAGCUCUUGCUGACUCACGAGGCAUUCACAUUGACGAUGCUGGGCGUCUAAAGGAUGAAGAUUAUGGAGGUCCUAGAUGGAAACAACCGAACAUGGAGCAAUACGAGGCCAGCAAGCAAAGGAAAGGUGGAUCAAACGAGUAUGAAGAAAAUGACUGA